AUGGAGGAUCACAUUCUUACAGCAAGAUUUUCAAGCUAUAUUGUUGAAAUAUGGGGUAAUCAACACAAGGUAGACACAUCUUAUCACCUGCAAACUAGUGGGCAAGUGAAAGUAUCAAACAAGGAGAUAAAUUCUAUCUUAGACAAGACCAUAAAUGAAAAUAGAAGUGAUUGGUCAAGGAAACUUGAUGAUGCCCUUUGGGAAUACGGGAAAGCCUUCAAAAUGCCCAUAGAAAUGUCUCCUUAUCAUCUUGCUUUUGGUAAAGCUUGUCAUCUACCAGUUGAACUUGAACAUAAAUCAUAUUGGGCACUCACGAGGUUGAACUUGAGUUGGAAAGAGGCAUGCAACUUGAGAUUAGAUCUACUAAAUGAGACGGAUGAGUUCCAUCUCCAUGCAUAUGAAAGAGCUGAUCUAUACAAGGAAAGAAUGACGAAGUAUCGCAACUAA